UCUCGCGCGCGCGUCUGUGUACGCGACUUGAUAUUUGUGUAGUACAAACACCUAGACGUGUAAGCAAGAGGAAGAGAGUCAGGGGAGAGCGCUCAGACAGUGAGCGUCCGCUGGCCGCAUGUGCUGCAUGUAUGACGAACAACCCACCGGCGCUGUUCAGUCGAUCUGUGAACGUUAUCGAAGGAAAAGCGGCGUUAUACUGCCGGCAGAGACCCGAGUGGGCCGAUCGUGUGUUUUCGUGAGGCGGCAGUGGCGGAGAGGAGGACGAGUGACACGUGUUUUUUUGCUCGGGGCAACGUUGACAGUGGUUUGUCGCCGCCGUGUGUGACAGCAAAUCGCGUCGGCGAAUUGUCUCAGCCGGUCCUUUUUUGCUUUUUCGGAUAUUUCUUUCCCAGACAUGAACGGUGAGAAUUUCGGCGACAGUGACUCUGGCCCCUGCGGCUGCUGCGGGAGUCGGCGCAGACGGAAACGUCCGAGCAUGCCUGCUGCCAGCGCCACCAUGCAGACGGACCAGAAUAUCGCAAAUCUGCUAUCCUCGUUCGACAAGAUCCGUGCCAAGCUGCGUCCGGAGGAAGAGGACCAUAGCUUUCUGCAGACGUUGCUCGCGAGUAAAGAAUUGCAAGCGCUAGUGCAGGUUCACAAUAAAGUGGCAGAGGUAUCCGCAACCGAAGGAACUGAUAAGGAAAAGGUUGUUGUCUCAGCAACAGCAACCAGCAUUGCCGAAGAGGUUUGCAAUGAGUUGAAAAAUAGAGGGGUACAUGAUGAUGCCAAAGACCUCUACCACAUUCUCUCCAACCCUCACAUGAAGGCGCUGCUCUCGGCCCACGACGACGUCGCGGGGAAGAACUACUCGCCCGUGCUGCCGGACGAUCACGAGGAGGUGGACGAGGACGAGGUCUCCGUGAAGAUCGUCAAGCUGAUCAAGACCAGCGAACCCCUGGGCGCGACGAUCAAAAAGGACGAGCGCACGGGGCAGAUCGUGAUUGCGCGCAUCAUGCACGGAGGCUGCGCCGACCGCAGCGGCCUCAUCGGCGUCGGCGACCAGGUGCUGGAGGUGAACAGCUUCGCCGUGCACGGCAAGAAGCCCGACGACGUCGUCCGCAUGCUGGGUUACACGGCUUGCAUUGACAAAUUUGAGAAAUGGAGGAUCACAGCUUUUUCUGUUGCUGAAGCAGCGCAGAUAUUCCCUCGACUCCUAACAUUGGUCGAUGGGCCACCUGGUGUGGGCAGGAAUGAGUUAAAGCACCGUCUGAUAGCCAGCAAUCCAGAUCAUUUUAAAACACCUAUUCCACACACGUCGCGGCCGAAGAAGCCGACGGAGGUCGAGGGCAAGGAGUACGUGUACGUGUCACGCGUCGACAUGGAGGCCGACAUACAGCUGGGCAAGUUCAUGGAGCACGGCGAGUAUCGCGGCAACCUGUACGGCACCAACAUCGACUCCGUGAAGGGCCUCGUCAACGCGGGACACGUCUGCGUCAUGAAUCCACAUCCAGAGGCGCUGAAGCGGUUACGCAGUCCGGACGUGAGGCCCUACAUCGUAUUCAUUAAGCCACCGCCGCUCGACAGGCUGAGGGAGACUAGGAUGGAUGGAACGCCAGAGCAGCAACUUAACCACGAACGCACAUUCACGGAGGCUGAACUCGAGGAGAUGGUCCGUGUGGCGGAGAAACUAGAAAGUGCCUACUACCACUUUUUCGACCAUGUUCUCGUUAACGACGAUCUUGACGAGGCAACUAACGAACUGCUGCAGCUUGCUUUGCGCAUCGAGAAUGAAGCUCAGUGGGUUCCGGCGAGUUGGGAGCGGUAGUUUGGUGCUGCCCUAUGAUCCCCCUCUCACCCUCAGUCCACUCAGUCAAAUACGUUUAUCCAGUGUAUAUGCUUGGUCCUUCAUGACAUGUACAUACUAUACUAGGAGGACAAAGUCCACUUUAUACCCGAUAGCAGUGUUUAUUUUCUCAUUGCAAAAGAUAUUUCAUCAUUCACUAAUCAAAUUCUCGUUUUAAUAUCCUUACUAUAUACGUAUAUUAUAUACACAAACAAUAAUUUUGUCAGUUGCUGAUAUCUAAUGGCUACAUUUUCUGUGACGUUGCUAGAAUGGUACAUCUAUUUAUGGUCAGUUCUGUUGUAGGUUUACACAUAAUUUUAUUUUAAAUAACCAAUCCACAAAGUGAUUCUAGCAAGUGUUUACAAUUGAGAAAGUAGGCCCUACUUGUAUUUUCUAGGUGGCAUCUAAUUUGUUAGUGUAAAUAACGUUCACCAAAAUGGUCUGAAAGUAUUUUGAUAGUAGGACGUAGUAAAAUAUAAAAGCAUAUUUAUAGUUAUGGAUGUGACAUGUGGCAGUAGAAACUAGUCAUACCUACUAUUUUAACACUUUCAUCUAAAGAUGCGUUUGAAGCAAAUGUUUUUUGACAUUCGGUGCUGAUUUCGUAAAUUUUUAUUUGAAUCUCAUUGUUAAAAGGUUAAAUCUGUGCAUCCGGUGCAGGUCUUCGAUUCGGUAAUUAAUUCUAAAUAACAAGUGAGUGAUUUGUACAGCAAGUCAGUAUUUUGAUAGUGCACAGUAUGAGCACGUGUCAUAUCAGAUGUCUCUUUUAGCCUCGUUUUAAAACCACCAGAAACAGUGAUGUUUUGCACCGGCAGCUUUUGCAGAUGCUUUCAUGAUAGAAAUCAAGAGAGGCAGGUCUUGUUGGGACGGCAACGAUUGAGCUGUAUACCGAGCCUACAGAAACUCCUUGUUUGUUUGUUUGUUUGUUUGUUUGUUUGUUGUUGCUCGUUUUGAAAUAAUUUCGAAUUUGAAUCGAAAUUGUUUAGGUACCAUGUUUAGAGAUUUUCUGCUGGCUCUCUCUUGCAUUUGUUUAUUACUGGUCAGAGAUUCAUAUCGGUUGCACGUACGUAUUCAAACUAAACGCGCGUUAUAAAUUCUAUGACGAAGAACAGGGUUUAUUAUUUCAAUCGCCAACUGUAUGUGGUGUUCAUAUGUUCGACAUAAUAUUUCAAUUGUCACGGCAUGUAUUGAUGCGCCUUACUGAGUAUGCAAAAAUGCGCAAAUUAAUAUGAAGUGAUAACUAUCAAUAAAUCUAGUCUGACUGAUUAGCCAUGUUGAGUCAAAUAUGUAGAAUAGAGCCCCACGGCCUGUAUAUGUUAUUCCCAUUAUUCGUCGUGGAAGGAAAUAUGGGAAUAUGACUACCUUUUGUAAAACGAUCAUAAUUUAUCUUUUUGUUACUUCUAUACUGCUCUACUUUUAUAUAUUUGUAGCCUAAAUCAUUUCAAGAAGCAUAAUUAGGCAGUGGUCUGAUAUUAUAUAAUAAUAUCUUGUUCGUUCUCUAUUUAUAUAUUUGUUUAAAAUUCUGUCAUGUUAUUACAAAUUCAUAUUGAUGACAAUGUCUAGCAAUGUUAUUAUCAUGAUCAUGGCUAUACUAUUACUAUACUCUUAUUUAUAUCAAGUAAAUAAUGUAAAGUAGGCACACUCGUGUUGGAUCUGGCGUGGAUUUACUACAUGUGUAACUAACAAUAUCUACAAUCGUUGACAGCUGACGUUUUCGCAGGUGCAUGAAUACUAGUCUCGUUCUCAAGCUUUACUCAUUCAUGGUAAAAUUCAACGCCGACCGUCUCUGCACAGAAAGAUUAUUGUGAGGUUGCGGUUAUUAGGUUUAAUAAUAUUUUGUAUAUAUAAAGUAUUACAUUACAAUAUGAUUAAAGUCUUGAACAUUUGAGUACCAACUAGCUCAGAGGCUUCUCAUCGAAGUGAUUCUGAAGCUGUGAAGUUCAGCUGUUGUUAGCAACUCACGAUCACCAGCAUGAAGCGUGAAUAAAAUCACCCAAUUUCAAUAAAAUAAACACUUAUUUUCGUUCAUUACUGCCUACGCGGCAUAUGCGCAAA